UUCAAUUCCCCUUGUUGACUACUCCGUUUGUUUGGAGUCGUUGACAAAUACUGUAAUUGGGGUCAUAGGAUUCGGAGGGCCGCCGGAAAGAGAAAAAAAGUGCAGAGAAAGAGAGAGUGUCAGAAAUAAUGGAAGCAGUAGUGGUGGACGCCGGAUCUAAGCUCCUCAAAGCUGGCUUCGCCAUUCCCGAUCAGCCUCCUCCUCUUAUCAUUCCUACGCAAAUGAAGUGUGUACCAGAAGAGGAAUCGUUAGACAAUACGAUAUUGUCCAAGGACAUCACUGUUGAUCCUAUUGUGCGUGGAUUUAUCAGUGAUUGGGAUGCCAUGGAAGAUUUAUUGCAUCAUCUUUUGUAUUCAAGCCUUGGAUGGGAAAUUGGCAAUGAAGGCCAUAUAUUAUUUGCUGAUCCAUUAUUAACUCCUAAGGCUGUAAGAGAACGAUUGGUCCAAGUGAUGUUUGAAAAAUUUAAUGUGUCAGGGUUCUAUGCUACAGAGCAAGCUGUAUUAUCACUCUAUGCAGCAGGGCGUAUUUCUGGUUGCACCGUUGAUAUCGGUCAUGGCAAGAUAGAUAUUGCUCCAGUAAUUGAAGGAGCAGUUCAUCAUAUCGCCUCAAGAAGAUUUGAAAUAGGGGGUGCUGAUUUAACCAAGCUGCUUGCCCAAGAACUUGGGAAGUCUAAUCCACUGGUGAAUCUCCAGAUUCAAGAUGUGGAGAAACUAAAAGAACAAUAUGCAAGUUGUGCCGAAGAUGAACUUGCCUAUGGAAAAAUCCAGCAAUCAUGCCCCAAUGAACAGCAUAUUCUGCCUGAUGGACAGGUUAUAACAAUUGGAAAAGAGAAAUAUGCUGUGGGUGAAUCUCUAUUCCAGCCUUCUAUAUUGGGACUAGAGGCACAUGGCAUCGUUGAGCAGCUUGUGCGUUGUAUAUCUGCUGUAUCAUCUGAGAAUCAUCGGCAGUUGUUGGAGAGCACUGUACUAUGUGGUGCCACAACCUCCAUGACCGGUUUUGAGAGCAGGUUCCAGAAAGAAGCCAAUAUGAGCACAUCAGCUAUUCAUCCUUCAGUAGUGAAGCCUCCAGAAUACAUGCCGGAGAAUUUGGCACAGUAUUCAGCAUGGGUAGGUGGUGCAAUACUUGCCAAAGUUGUCUUCCCUCAGAAUCAGCAUGUAACCAAGGCAGAUUACGAUGAACAUGGACCUGCUGUUGUUCACAGGAAAUGUUUCUGACAGAUAUCUAUUUCCUCAGAACUAACACUAACAAAGGCAAUAGAGACUCAGAGUGAUUACUCACAGUGGCAUAUGAUGACCAAAUUAAGGGAGGGGGGCAUUUGUAGGAGAAAACCCCAUGUGAGAAAUGAGAAUCCACUCACUGUGAUGGGUUUAACAUUACCGCUCAACUUUGCCGGGACCAAGAAGAUGCUUGGUAAAGAUCGAUUUAUAGUAGUGCUAUAAGUUUAAGUGUAAUACUCUGUAUUAAUUAAUUUAACUACACUUGCUUCUGCAAUUGGAGGAAGUUAUUUGUAGAUGGUCGAUUGUUUUGGAAUUCAUUGCAUACCCUAUUACCCUGCACUGAGUACUAUUUCGGCCUCCGGUGGUUUUAAUGUCAACAUCGACAACAUAGUUUCCACAACAUUUGUAUCUUCUGUAAAAUAUAAUUCCUCUGUUUCAUAAAAAUGCAACGGUUUGGGUUUUAUGCUUUU